AUGGCUCCCUGGCUGCAGCUCUGCUCCUUCUUCUUCACCGUGAACGCCUGCCUGAACGGCUCCCAGCUGGCCGUGGCCGCCGGGCCGGGCAGGAGAGGGCCUCCCGGGGACACCUGCGGCUGGAGGGGAGUGGUACCAGUCAGCAGGAACAGUGGAAUGCCUAAUGUCACCUUUAAAUAUGACAACUGUACAACUUACUUGAAUCCAGUGGGAAAACAUGUGAUUGCUGAUGUGCAGAAUAUCACCAUCAGCCAGUAUGCCUGCUAUGACCAGGUGGCCAUCACCGUGCUUUGGACAGCGGGUGCCCUGGGCAUCGAAUUCCUAAAAGGAUUUCGGGUCAUCCUGGAGGAACUGAAGUCAGAGGGGCGACGGUGCCAGCAGAUGCUCCUGAAGGACCCCAAGCAGCUCAAUAGUAGUUUUAAAAGAACCGGCAUGGAAUCUCAGCCUUUUCUGAAUAUGAAAUUUGAAACUGACUACUUUGUCAAGAUCGUCCCCUUUCCUUCCAUUAAAAAUGAAAGUAAUUACCACCCCUUCUUCUUCCGGACUCGACCGUGUGAAUUGCUGCUCCAGCCGGACAACCUGGCCUGUAAACCUUUCUGGAAGCCCAGGAACCUCAACAUCACCCAGCAGGGGCUGAAUAUGCAGGUGUCCUUCGACCACGCCCCCCAUAACUUCGGGUUUCGCUUUUACUAUCUUCACUACAAGCUCAAGCACCAAGGUCCCUUCAAACGAAAGACGUGCAGGCAGGAACAAAAUACAGAGAUAACCAGCUGCACUCUUCAGAAUGUCUCUCCAGGGGAUUAUAUAAUUGAGCUUGUGGAUGACACAAAUACCACCAGAAAAAUGAUGCAUUAUGCCUUCAAGCCAGUGCAUUCUCCCUGGGCUGGGCCCAUCCGGGCCAUCGCCAUCACGGUCCCAUUGGUUGUCAUCUCCGCCUUCGCAACUCUCUUCACCGUGAUGUGUCGCAAGAAGCAGCAAGAAAAUAUAUAUUCACAUUUAGAUGAGGAGAGCUCAGAGUCAUCCACGUACGUGGCCACGGCCCCUGGGGAGAGGCUCCAUCCUCGGCCCAAAGUGUUCAUCUGCUACUCCAGCAAAGACUGCCAGAAACACAUGACCGUCAUCCAGUGCUUCGCCUACUUCCUUCAGGACUUCUGUGGCUGCGAGGUUGCCCUGGAUCUGUGGGAAGACUUCAAGCCGUGCCGGGAGGGGCAGAAGGAGUGGGUGGUCCGGCAGAUCCGGGAGUCCCACUUUGUCAUAGUCGUGUGCUCCAAGGGGAUGAAGUACUUUGUUGAGAAGAAGGGCUGUAAGCGCGGGGGAGGGAAGUGGGGCUCGGCUGACGGAGGCGAGCCCUUCCUGGUGGCCGUGGCCGCCAUCGCCGAGAAGCUCCGCCAGGCCAAGCGGAGCUCGGCCGAUCUGGGCAAAUACAUUGCCGUCUACUUCGAUUACUCCUGCGAGGGCGACGUCCCCGGCGUGCUGGACCUGAGCACCAAGUACAAGCUUAUGGAUCACCUCCCCCAGCUCUGUUCUCACUUGCACUCCCGAGGCCUCAGCCCACAGGAUCCGGACCUCUAUCCCGUCACCCUCAGCAAGAGGAAUUAUUUCCGGAGCAAGUCUGGCCGGUCUCUGUACGUGGCGAUCUGCAACAUGCACCAGCUCAUCGAUCAGGAGCCCGACUGGUUUGAGAAGCAGUUCCUUCCUUUCCCUCCUCCCCCGCUCCAUUACCAGGAGCCCAUCGUGGAGAAAUUUGACUCUGGCUUGGUGCUGAACGAUGUCACCUGCAAGCCGGCGGCUGAAGGCGACUUCUGCCUGCAGGCGGAAGCCCCCAUCCUUGGCGCUGGCGCUGCAGACCCCCAUUCGGUCCUGCCCCAUCUGAGCCUGGAAGAAGACGGGGACUGCCAGUACGCUCACGACGGCAGCUGCGUCCUGCGGCCCUUGCUGCACGCUGUGAAGGCGCUCGGUCCCCCCGACGUGCCGAGGGAUUCCGGCAUCUAUGACUCUUCCGUGCCGUCGUCAGAGUUAUCGCUGCCGCUGAUGGAAGGGCUUUUGAUGGACCAGAUGGAAACCUCCUCCAUCACGGGGAGCAUGUCUUCUUCUUCCGGCCUAGGUGAAGAGGAGCGCCCUGCCUUCCCUUCCAAGUGCAUUGACUCUGGAGCAUGUAAAACUGGACUCAGUGGGCACAGUUUCACCGAUGAACUCCCGGUAGUUGGCCCGUUAUAACCCGACGGAGGAUUCUAAUGCAUUGCCACUUUAGCGACAGCGGACAGCUCCUGUGUGUCAGUCAGCCUCUUGCCCCUCGCUCCGCCACCUCACCUACUUGAAGGAAGGAAAACCCUGCGUUUGGAUGUUUUGAGGGAGCUUUUGGCCAGUACCAGUUCUCCUGCCCCUCCCUCCACCCUUGGGUUUGGUAAAACCCAUCAUCUGCAGACUUUUAAGAGGGCUUCACAAGGGGAGCCAGUAAGCACAGAAUGCCCAUUGCCCCACGUUAACUUGACUGCUUUGGCCGUGUUCAUGUAUUCCUACCAUUUUACGUUUAUAACCCAUCCUUGGUCUCUGACCAGGGCAGAAGGAAAGAGGUGUUAGAAAAGAAGCAGCAUUCAGGGGGAGAGAGAAAUAGGGCUCUGUCUUCUUUAUGUCCUAGGUCCAUUUGGUUGUACUUAGCACAAAAGGAGAGAUGUGGAUUUUCAGUUGAAAUGAUUGAUGGAACAAAAACCUUUAAUGAAAUCAUAGACAUAAGUUUUUCUGUGUCUAGAAUUGUCACCCACUCUCUGGGAAAUGUUCAUUUGAUAAAAGUAACAGGCAUCUUCACCUCCAUAAUCAUAGAUACACAUAUAUAGACAUGACUUGUAAAAAUUAAGUUUGGACGGGCAA